AGAGACUGCUCCGAGUCCCCAGAACUGACCCACGGCCUCCAGACCUCCAGCAGCGGCCGCCCGGGUCCCCCCACGUCCCAGGGGAGUUUGGUCGCGUCCGGUCGUGACCCAGGGAGCGCGUCCGCGUCGUCAUGGCGACGCUCGGGGAAGGUGGCGGCGCCCGCGGAAUCCCACCCGGGAACCCGCUCCGGGGAAAUGACCUUUGGCUCUAAAAAGAAGGCUCCAUUUUUCAUAAAAUGGCAGCGGUGAAAACCCCCAGCAGAGAAGUAAAGAAUGCUGAAGAACCAUUUCAUGAUGUAUCGCCCCUCCUUUUAAGGAGCCUAGUGGAGGAACCCAAGAAACCAAAAGAAGUACCUAAUCACCUCCUGGAAUCAAAGGCUUAUGCAAAUCUUCUGAAUAAUAAGGUCAUACAGGCAAACCCUGGCAUAUUGCAUUUUGGAGGCUAUCAAGUAGAAAAACACCACCAGCAGACACUGCACGUGGUCAAUAUUUGCAAUGAAGAUUUACACGUUCAUAUUUUACCCCCACAAACCAAACACUUUCAGAUCAAAUAUGUGAAAAAGGAGCACCGCCUUAUCCCUGGCUUGUCCCUCACGGUCACCGUUACAUUUACUCCAGAUGAGUGGCGAUACUACUAUGAUUGCAUCCGCAUUCACUGUAAGGGAGAUGAGACUUUGCUUGUCCCCAUCCACGCCUAUCCUGUCAUGAAUAGACUGGACUUUCCCUCAUUUAUAAAUCUAUCAAAUGUUCUACUUGGUGAAAGCAAAAGCUAUGUGAUUCCUUUGCAAUGCAGUUGUCCUGUAGAUUUCGAGUUUCAUGUUGCGUUGGUUCAGUCUCAUCCAGCCUUUACUGUUGAGCCAACGUCAGGAAUAAUACCAGCGAACGGGAAGAUGGAUGUGACAGUGACGUUUACCCCCUUUCAGUGUGGGAUCGCACAGAUAAAAGUGCAGCUGUGGAUUGCACAGUUCAACUCGCCACCAUACGAGUGUGUCUUCACCGGCACGUGCUACCCCAACAUGGCUUUAAAGUUAGAAGAAUUUGAAAGAUUAAAUACUCUUUCUAGGAAAGCAGUUGUUCCUCCAGAAGAGGCAAGGACACAUGUACAUUUUCACCGAUUGCCAGCAAAGGCAAAGCCUCCCAAGAUUAAGGAAAUCGAAUAUCAGAACUUGAGAUUCCCAGUAGAUUUAUCGAAUCCAUUUGCUGUGGCAACUGUUCUAAACCAAGAACCAGGAAAAUUGAAGAUUAAAGAAUUAAGAGAAGUUUUGGACCAAGGCACUGAGGUUUCAAAAACAAGACAGAUGAAGGAAACACUCUUUGAACAGAAAGUCAGACAGAACACUUACGAAGAGCUCAGAAAUCACCUUAAGUGGCAGGUACACCUCGGUAAAGAUCACAUGUCCCUUAAAUUUAAAAAAGACCUUACUGAGGAGCGGCAGAGAGUGAACAACAAAUGCAAGCUGGAUAGAGGAGAUCCUGUUUUGGAUGACGAAUUCCAGCGACUCAAGACAGAAGUUCACCCGAGACGGGUUGUACGCGACCUGGAAGAAAAAACCAGGGAAUUUCAUCCUAAUUUUGAUCCGCUCGUAAAUAACACUUGGGUCAACAGGUUCUGGGCGCAGAGACGGUUUCAGCAAGCAGCACGCAAGGUCGUGAUUCAGCGCCGCUUGCUGAACAUGCUGACUGCGAUCCGUAACAUGCACAGAGACGCCAUCAAGAAAAGGUUCAGUCACGGAGGACAGUCCAUAGCACAAGAACCCCAGCCCAGGGUUAUUUGCCGUGAAGCACCCGCUGACCUACGUGGAAACCUCGAUGGAUUACCAUCUGUGCACCCACCCCAAAUACAAGUUCACCAAGGAGUCCCACUGCAGCUCCAGCAUCCCCCUAACCCAGAAGCAGUUUCUCCAUCACAUGGAUGUCAUUCCUGGAGUGAUGACCUGGAAGAGGUUCCAGUGCCCGGUCCUCUCGUCCCUGCCCGAAACCUCGAAGACAGAGAUGACGCAGAGGGUGAGGCCCAGCCCAAGUGGGGGCAGAGCCCUGCCACGGCCCAGGAGUGGCCAGCUCUGCCGGAGCACCGCCGCCAACCAGGGUCGGCAGGGACACGCACCCUUGACUCCCACCAGCGAGUGCCGGCUCUUCCCCGUCACCGGAAUGGCUCGCAGCCUCCCGGAGCUGUGUGGCCCCGGCCACGCUCUGUGGCCAGCUCUCUGGGCCCAGUCCUCUCGUGCAGAACACAAGCCGAUCGGGCUUGCUGUGAAGACCCCGCUCAGCCUCGACAUUUUCGUUUUAGCAGAGGUAGGAAGGCUCACCCCGAUGUGCACCUACCCCGUAUGUACCACGCGUCACCUGCCCCUCCCCGGGUAUUUGAGGAGAUCGUUGCAAUCCAGUUUGUGACCCUGGAACACUUACCUUUACUUCUUCCUGCACUGCCAGGCAAAAAGCUCUUCCUGAAUGAAGCAGAACCUAGGCUUGUCCACCUGCUGUUCCCUUCGGGUUAUUUCCUCGGUGCUUCCUGCCCCCCUCUGCCUGGAGAUUAACGUGAGACCAAGAUUUGGCCCAUGGUAGGGGCUCGAAAAUAUUAGUUCCUUUUCUGUGAGUUCAUGUUACCGAACCAAACUUGGGUCCACUCGCCUGUGCACAGCAAAGCCAAUCUACUGACACCGGCUCGUGGUGGGGGCAAGUGCAGCGUUCGUUGCAGGCGCCAAGCAAAGAGUCAGUCAGUUAAAGGUCAGGAAGCCCCGACUCCCCGGCGGCUUCCAGGGAAGCAUUUUGAAAGGCCAGGUGAGGGAGGGGCGCUGCAGGGUGUGUGAUCAGCUCGCGCACAGUUCUCUGGGUGGUGGUGAGGUGACAGGGUGGCGUUUCAUCGUCAGUCCUCAGGUGUGGGGGCUACGUGCUCAUGGUCAAGUAGUCAACUUCCGCUUGACGGGUUUCAGCAUCUGUAAGACAGCUGAGGAAUGUGCAUCAGAUACUGUUAUCUGGGUACACCUCAGAGAGGAGCCAUGGCAGAGGACAUGGGGAGGGGUCUGUACCUCCCCACCAGCCAGGCAGAAGACGGUCACACACCCUGCAGCCCUCACCCCAAAUCUUGCCUUUAAAAACGCCUGCCUGAAAACCACUGGGCAGUUCUGGGUUUUGGGGGCACAAACCACCUCGUCUCCUUGCUGGCCCUGAACCUUUCUCUGCUCCAGACUCUGACGUUUCGGGUUGCUUGGCCUUGCUGUGCGUCAGGCACACGAAAUUGUUUGGUAACAUUAGCAUAUUUCUAAAAUCUGAAAACUCCAGAAUCAAGGGCUGGGUGGAACAGUGACCUUGUAGGGAGAAGGAAUGCUUUGGUGUCUGAGAGACCUGCCUCGUAACCCGCUAGCCCUGUCACCCACUCUGUUUCCCUGGGCCACAUUUACCUAUUACUGAAGCCCGUUGAGCAAUCAUUUCCUCAUCUGUGAAACGGGGACGGUGAAGGGGUCCUCACGGACCACGUGAGUUGUAAGGACUCAAGUGGUGCAUCUAGCCCCAUCCUUAGUAACCCUUCCCACUUCUGCCCUCCCCCACCCACUAAACCUUGCGGUAACUCUGCUGCCACCAUACGGCGAUGGCCCGCCACCAGCUAGACACACGGCCUCAUUUUGCUGUGGGGUGAGGGCACUUCCGGAUGGACCGCAGUCAUCAGCAGACCAAACACAGCUGGUGUGGGCACCGUCCAGAGGCUGAAUACGCACAUCGAGCAACGGCAGGCAGUGGACACGCCGGGGUCCACCAGCUGUCGGCAAGCACUGGUCUCAGGAAUUAAGAAAAAAAAUCCUGUUUUUUUUUCCAAAGCAAUGUUCUUGGAAAAAUCUCACGAGGCUGUUCUUUCAAAAGGCACUCAGAACACAGUCACCUUGGGCUUGAACUAACCAUGAAUUAAAUGUGAAUUAAACAAGAAACUCCCCAACUAGGACUUGUUACCUCCAGCUUCUGUGCCCAAGUGCUCUGUUGGCCAAUUUGUUUCAUAAUAAACCAUAAUUGCACCACAGAUUAUAAAAUCAAGAGAGGAUUCUUUAUUUCUUUAUCAUGGAUUUCUAUGAUGUAAGACCCUAGAUAAUGUUUUUAUUUCUAAAAGAGUUAUAGAAUUAUAAUAGUAUUCCCUUUUAAACUUCCUACACAUCUGCUAAUGAUAUUUCAACUCUGCGGUCAUUUUUCUUGAAUAGAUUACCUAUUUCUUAGCUGCUAUUUCCCCUGUAUUUCUGCCCCUGAGAGUUGCUGUUAAACCAUGCAGUAUCCUUAGUUAAUGUUUAUUCACUCCAAGUUAUUUUUGCAUUCGUAAUGAUCAAAACAGCUCACUUGGGUUCUUUGCUCAUUAAUAAAUUCAGAGAGAAUUUACUGAGUGUCUGUGACUUUCAUGCAAUCUGAGUAAAUAGCGACAAAGAAGUCAUCUAAUCCAGUGGUGCCCAGACUUUGGGGUUUUAUAGACAACUGAAAUUUCCAGAAUAAUCUUAGGAAUUGACUUAGAGUUGUCGGCGUUUUACUUUUCCAAGAAAGGCAUGAAACAAAACAAAGCAAAACAAAACCCCCAAUCUCCGUCCACUGCCACCACCCUUUCAAUUCCAGAGGAACAUAUUAACACAUGGAAAAGUAAGCAGGACAUGGUCUCAGAAUUUUAAAAUUAGGUAAGUUUGAUCUCAUGAAAAACCCUUGGUUGUUGCCAUUCUGUCUUCCAGACCACCCUGGCCCCUGGGGAGUGGUCCAGGCUUCCACCUUCUCCCACCCUCCUCUCGGCUACACGCGCUCUGAGGUCUCAGUGGGAUUGUCCGUUAGAACCUGUGUUCUCUGUCACCGAGUCAGUAAAUAGGACUAAUCUCUGGGUGGUGGAAGCCAGGUCCCUUUUCAGUGAGGAAUGGUGUUAGAGACCAAAAUCUGGGUUCCUGGUGCACACAUCAUUACUGGGGGUGGAGCGGGGGAGUCAUCUCUUGGCCUCCUCAGCGGACAAGCCGGAGUGUGUACGUGGGGAAAUGCAUACAUAUAUAUGCACACACACACACGUAUGUACACAUUCAUACAAAAAUACAUGACUGCAUACAUCUACACACAUAUGCACAUG